AUAAGAAUCAUUUCUUGAUUGACUACCGUUACAAAAUGAGAAUUCUGUGUUUUUUGCUCACCGCGUGUUUCUGCUUAUCUAGCGUUACAGCAAUUUUAGAAAGAAUUGUAGGCGGAACUGCUACGGCUAUAGAGAAUAUUCCGUUUCAGCUUUCAUUAGUGAUUAAUAAGGAAGUCGUAUGUGGAGCAGUUCUUAUUGCAACUAAUAAAGCCAUAACAGCAGCACAAUGUGUCCACGGAUUGCCAUCCACCGCAGUUGUUACAGUAAAGGGUGGUACUUCAUAUCGCACAAGUUUAGGCACUUCGCGCAACGUCAAUGAAAUUAAAAUACAUAAUAAUUUCAAUCAAUACACAUAUGAUUAUGACAUAGCCAUUUUGACAUUAUCUCAAAAAUUCGAAUUGUCCAAACAAAUAGCUCUGGCCAAAUUGCCAAUUGUGAACGAAAUUGUUGCUCCUGGGAAAAUUGCUAACGUAUCAGGCUGGGGUAUCACUACGAUUGGCGGAACUGAAUACGCUGGUUUGUUACAAACUGUUCAGGUUCCAAUUGUUGCAACAAAAGUUUGUGCAUCUGCUCAUGCGCGACUUAAUACCGUGACUGACAGAAUGUUAUGUGCUGGAUUUACUACCGGUGGAAAUGAUUGGUGUAAAGGUGAUGUUGGUGGUCCUUUAGUAUAUGCUGGAAAGGUGAUUGGAUUAGCGUCCUGGGGUGCUAGUUGUGGUUCGGUUGGUAGCCCUGGAGUAUACACAAGAAUUGCAGCACUGAGGCAAUGGAUUUCUACCAACGCUGGGGUAUAAAUGGUUAUGAAUUUAUUAUACAGAAAUUUAGUAUUCUUUUUUAAUACUUGUGUAUACAUACUUGUACGUCUGAAUAAAGGAAUUUCUUAGCAUCGA